ACCACAUCUCUCAGGGCUGAUUAGCAGGUCACGUUGGUGUGGGUGUCCCAUGGGUCACCCCUUGGGUGGCAGGUCUUCCCUUUUCACUAAGCCUCCGUUGCACAACUCCAUGGACAUUUUGUGACACAGGGACUCCCCUAAGGGGGAGCCAAGGCCUAGGCCUCCCCUACAAGGGAGAGGAUCCCAGUCUGGUAUGCUCCGUUGGUCAGCCAGUCUUCCUGGCAUCAGUUAGCAUAUCUCUCUUUCCCCUCAGCCUGUUCACUGUCAUUUUCCUCUUCUUCAUUGGUCAACAUGUGUGUCCUGUUGCUGAUUUUAACCAUCUCCAGUUCGUAGUCUGUACCUCCCUUGCACUGGCCUUUAUACAAUCUUUCCUCUGGUAACUCCUGGAGCAUCUGUCCAGCGGGACCAGGAAGAAUGCGGGGCAGGAGUGGAGCUCCUCUCCUCCAUUAUCUGCCAGGUGGUCCUGGGUCCGCAGCCCGCCCUCACAGCCCCUCCGCACUCCCCUAGGUAGAUGGCCCCCUCAGGGCAGGCCCUGCGGACACCCCUCCCUCUGGCUGGCGGAUGCAGUGCCUAGCGGCAGCCCUUAAGGACGAAACCAACAUGAGUGGGGGAGGGGAGCAGGCCGACAUCCUGCCGGCCAACUACGUGGUCAAGGAUCGCUGGAAGGUGCUGAAAAAGAUCGGGGGCGGGGGCUUUGGUGAGAUCUACGAGGCCAUGGACCUGCUGACCAGGGAGAAUGUGGCCCUCAAGGUGGAGUCAGCCCAGCAGCCCAAGCAGGUCCUCAAGAUGGAGGUGGCCGUGCUGAAGAAGCUGCAAGGGAAGGACCAUGUGUGCAGGUUCAUUGGCUGUGGCAGGAACGAGAAGUUUAACUAUGUAGUGAUGCAGCUCCAGGGCCGGAACCUGGCCGACCUGCGCCGCAGCCAGCCGCGAGGCACCUUCACGCUGAGCACCACGUUGCGGCUGGGCAAGCAGAUCUUGGAGUCCAUCGAGGCCAUCCACUCUGUGGGCUUCCUGCAUCGUGACAUCAAGCCUUCAAACUUUGCCAUGGGCAGGCUGCCCUCCACCUACAGGAAGUGCUAUAUGCUGGACUUCGGGCUGGCCCGGCAGUACACCAACACCACGGGGGAUGUGCGGCCCCCUCGGAAUGUGGCCGGGUUUCGAGGAACUGUUCGCUAUGCCUCGGUCAAUGCCCACAAGAACCGGGAGAUGGGCCGCCACGAUGACCUGUGGUCCCUAUUCUACAUGCUGGUGGAGUUUGCAGUGGGCCAGCUGCCCUGGAGGAAGAUCAAGGACAAGGAGCAGGUAGGGAUGAUCAAGGAGAAGUAUGAGCACCGGAUGCUGCUGAAGCACAUGCCAUCAGAGUUCCACCUCUUCCUGGACCACAUUGCCAGCCUCGACUACUUUACCAAGCCCGACUACCAGUUGAUCAUGUCGGUGUUUGAGAACAGCAUGAAGGAACGGGGCAUUGCUGAGAAUGAGGCCUUUGACUGGGAGAAGGCAGGCACCGAUGCCCUCCUGUCCACGAGCACCUCUACCCCACCCCAGCAGAACACCCGGCAGACGGCAGCCAUGUUUGGGGUGGUCAAUGUGACGCCAGUGCCCGGGGACCUGCUCCGGGAGAACACCGAGGAUGUGCUACAGGGAGAGCACCUGAGUGACCAGGAGAAUGCACCCCCAAUUCUGCCCGGGAGGCCCUCUGAGGGGCUGGGCCCCAGUCCCCACUUUGUCCCCCACCCCGGGGGUCCUGAGGCUGAAGUCUGGGAGGAGACAGAUGUCAACCGGAACAAACUCCGGAUCAACAUUGGCAAAAGCCCCUGUGUGGAGGAGGAACAGAGCCGAGGCAUGGGGGUCCCCAGCUCCCCCGUGCGUGCACCCCCAGACUCCCCCACAACCCCAGUCCGUUCUCUGCGCUACCGGAGGGUGAACAGCCCUGAGUCAGAGAGGCUGUCCACGGCGGACGGGCGAGUGGAACUACCUGAGAGGAGGUCACGGAUGGAUCUGCCUGGCUCGCCCUCGCGCCAGGCCUGCUCCUCUCAGCCAGCCCAGAUGCUGUCAGUGGACACAGGCCACGCUGACCGGCAGGCCAGUGGCCGCAUGGACGUGUCAGCCUCUGUGGAGCAGGAGGCCCUAAGCAAUGCCUUCCGCUCGGUGCCGCUGGCUGAGGAGGAGGACUUCGACAGCAAAGAGUGGGUCAUCAUUGACAAGGAGACGGAGCUCAAGGACUUCCCUCCGGGGGCUGAACCCAGCACGUCGGGCACCACGGACGAGGAGCCGGAGGAGCUGCGGCCAUUGCCCGAGGAGGGCGAAGAGCGGCGGCGGCUGGGGGCAGAGCCCACUGUCCGGCCCCGGGGACGCAGCAUGCAGGUGCUGGCCGAGGAGGACCUGCAGCAUUUGCCGCCCCAGCCCCUGCCACCCCAGCUGAGCCAGGCCGAUGGCCGUUCCGAGACGUCACAGCCCCCCACGCCUGGCAGCCCUUCCCACUCACCCCUGCACUCGGGACCCCGCCCUCGACGGAGAGAGUCGGACCCCACAGGCCCACAGAGACAGGUGUUCUCCGUGGCGCCCCCAUUUGAGGUGAAUGGCCUCCCAAGAGCUGUGCCUCUGAGUCUGCCCUACCAGGACUUCAAGAGGGACCUCUCCGAUUACCGAGAACGGGCGCGGUUGCUCAACAGGGUCCGGAGGGUGGGCUUCUCCCACAUGCUGCUCACCACCCCCCAGGUCCCGCUGUCUCCUGUUCAGCCUCAGGCUAAUGGGAAGGAGGAAGAGGAGGAGGAGGAGGAAGAGGAAGAUGAGGAAGAGGAAGAAGAGGAUGAGGAAGAUGAGGAGGAAGAGGAAGAGGAGGAGGAAGAAGAGGAGGAGGAGGAGGAAGAGGAGGAGGAAGAGGCUGCGGCGGCAGUUGCCUUGGGGGAGGUGCUGGGGCCUCGCAGUGGCUCCAGCAGUGAGGGGAGUGAGAGGAGCACCGACAGGAGCCAGGAGGGCGCCCCGUCCACGUUGCUGGCAGACGAUCAAAAGGAGUCCAGGGGCCGGGCUUCCAUGGCUGAUGGGGACCUGGAGCCUGAGGAGGGUUCCAAAACGCUGGUGCUCGUCUCUCCUGGCGACAUGAAGAAGUCGCCCGUCACUGCCGAACUGGCCCCCGACCCUGACCUGGGCACCCUGGCUGCCCUCACUCCUCAGCAUGAGCGGCCCCAGCCCACGGGCAGCCAGCUGGAUGUAUCUGAGCCAGGCACCCUCUCCUCUGUCCUCAAGUCUGAGCCCAAACCCCCGGGGCCUGGGGCAGGGCCGGGGGCCGGGACAGUGACCACAGGGGCCGGGGGCGUGGCAGUCACCUCCUCACCCUUCACCAAAGUUGAGAGGACCUUUGUGCACAUUGCGGAGAAAACCCACCUCAACGUCAUGUCUUCCAGCGGACAAGCCUUGCGGCCUGAGGAGUUCAGCACUGGGGGCGAGCUGGGUCUGGAGCUGGCCUCUGAUGGGGGCACUGUGGAGGAGGGGGCCCCAGCGCCCCUGGAGAACGGCCUCGCCCUCUCAGGACUGAAUGGGGCCGAGAUAGAGGGCUGUGCCCUGUCUGGGCCCCCCGGGGAAACCCCCUCAGCGAUGGCCACAAACUCACUGCCCAAUGGCCCGGCCCUUGCAGACAGUCCAGCCCCGGUGUCCCUACUGGAGCCCAGCCCUGAGAAAGUGGCCACCAUCUCCCCCAGACACCAUGCUAUGCCAGGCUCUCGCCCCAGGAGCCGUAUCCCCAUCCUACUAUCUGAGGAGGACACCGGCUCCGAGCCCUCAGGCUCACUGUCGGCCAAAGAGCGGUGGAGCAAGCGGGCCCGGCUGCAGCAGGACCUGGCGCGGCUGGUGAUGGAGAAGAGGCAGGGCCGCCUGCUGUUGCGGCUGGCCUCAGGGGCCUCGUCCUCCUCCAGUGAGGAGCAGCGCCGUGCCUCUGAGACCCUCUCAGGCACGGGCUCCGAGGAGGACACGCCCGCCUCUGAGCCGGCAGUGGCCUUGCCCAGGAAGGUCGGGCGGGCAGCCGCCACCCGGAGCCGGAUUCCCCGCCCCAUUGGCCUCCGCAUGCCCAUGCCUGCUGCAGCCCAGCAGCUCCCCAGCAAAUCCCACGGCGCGGCCCCAGCAUCGGACACAGCCAUCACCAGCAGGCUCCAGCUGCAGACUCCCCCGGGGUCGGCCACUGCUGCUGACCUCCGCCCCAAACAACCUCCUGGCCGCGGCCUGGGCCCAGGGCGAGCCCAAGCCGGAGCCAGGCCCUCAGCCCCGCGCAGCCCGGGCCUCCCCACGUCCACUUCCGCCGCGCGCAAUGCCAGCGCGUCCCCCCGGAGCCAGUCCCUGUCCCGCAGAGAGAGUCCCUCCCCCUCGCACCAGGCCCGGCCCGGGGUCCCCCCGCCCCGGGGCGUCCCGUCGGCCCGGGCCCAGCCUGAUGGCACCCCCUCCCCCGGGGGCUCCAAGAAAGGACCCAGAGGGAAACUCCAGGCUCAGCGCGCAACAACCAAAGGCCGGGCAGGAGGCGCGGAGGGCCGGGCUGGGGCCAGAUAAUGACGCCCGCGGCUCUCCGCGGUCCCCCACCCUCACCCCGGCCCCCCACCCGCAGCCGGUCACACUGGAGCAGCUCCCAGCACAGCCUUACGCGCCCGACGCGCGCCACCCUUGGCCCCAGCUUUCCGCCUGCACCCGCGAGGACGCACGCGAGCACACGCGGCGCCCCACCAGCCCUCAGGGCCGGUGGGAGACGCGGCACCGCGCCGCGGGGAGGGUCUGCCUCCCCUUCCUCGCCCUGUGUCCUCUCAUCCUCCUGCCGCCCGUCAGGCCGGCCAGCCUCACAUCAGUCUCUCCGCCCCGGGGAAGGCUCAGCCACUUUUCAUCGAGGACUCCACUUCUGGGGACGCCCAGUUCGUUCGCCCACCAGGCCUAGGCUGCUCUCCAUGCUCCCCCAGCAACCUCUGCCUACACCUCCUGCGGCGCCUUGCCCUCCUCCGACCCCUUUCCAGCCAAAGUCCCCCUACCCCUUCAGAGAAGUAGCCUCAAAUUCCAGAAGUGGAGGCUCCAGCCUCCCCCCGAGGGUCCAGCCCCACAGUCUUCUGGGAGCCAUUGUGGCCAGGGAUGGCCUCUGGACUGCCAGGCUGGAGUUGGGGACCCAGGGGAUAUCGAUCUACUCAGGUGUGAGGGGGCAGGUCUGACCUGCCCCAAAGUUGACUCCAUCCUGGACAACUCGGUGGGAGGCAGUGGGCAAGUGAUCUUGGAGAUGGGUGGGCAGGUGAUUCUGUGGGCAGGGGAUGUGCUCCCCUGCACCUCUGGGGUGCAGAAACCUCUUGCCUCCUAAAUUUGGGUGGUGCCUCUGUGAGAACCAUAGGAAGCGUGUGGGCUGCCUUCCCGGGCAAGUAUUUCCCAGUGGGAUGUUGGAGGGGGCUUUAACAAAGUUUUACUCCCUCCCCUGUUCCCCUGAUCUAGUGCUCAGGACCCCUCACCAUCAGGAAUUCCUUCCUGUCAUCUAACCUCAGUCCUGUCUACUGCAGUUCCAGCCAACCUGCUCUUUCCUGAGUUCAAUGCAGGUGGAAAGUGGCUGGUUACCAUCUUUGCACUGGCCCUUUGGAGAUUCGAGGACUCAGUUCUGGUGGAGUCACUCUCCCUGUCCUCCCUUCUGUGGGAGGGAGGGAGGGCUGGCUAAGGCAUCGUCUCCCGCAAUGGGCAGAGAGAGCAGAGAGAGGUCGACCAACAGACAGCUGGCCCCUGGAGGCAGAAAGGCCCUUCUAACUUCCAGAUCGAAUGCUUGAGUGAUGGGUCCUCAGCCGGAGCCCACUCUUCCCUCAGCUCACCCUUCAGCCUGUUCCUUCUUGCCCCGACCCCAGCCUGUGCAGCCGCUCUACUCCAGGAAUGGAUGUGGGGACUCUUCCUGGGUUCUGGCUCCUGCAUAGCUCACCGCACCUCAUCAUGAGCCUCAACUGCCUACAUCUGGGGCAAGCAGCACACCGGCUGCAGAUGGGACAGCCAGCCCUGCCUAUCUGGACAGGCCCCUGCAGCCUCUGUCCCCUGGCCUAGCCUCUCUGUCCUUCCCUGAGUCACAGAGAGCAAGCCAAGACAUCCAGGGAAAGAGGAAGAAAGGCCUUAGUGUGCCCCAGCGGUCUGGCUGCAUCCAGCCACCAUCACCCAGAAGGAUGCCCAUGAGGCAGCUGACCCUGAAAGCACCCUCCCCCUCAUGGAGAGUCAGCAGCUUGGGCAGCCACUUUCAGGCCAUGGUGGUGGCUUCUCUGCAGACCAGCCGAGGGGAGGACUCCUGGGUGGACAGUCUUUGAUAUCCACCCUACGCUGAUGCAGAAGCUCCCAGAACACUCAGGAAACUUCUCUGGACAGAGCCCUCCUUGUCAACUUGAGGCCCUCCCAAGGCCCUCUACUGCCCUCUGGGUCCAGCAGAGGGAGUGGAGGAGGGACCACUGCCUCUCACCUAGAGCUUCUCCGAAUGACAAUCAGCUCGUGCCAGGUGGGGACCAGGACAUGACUCCUGGUGCCCAGGCCCUGGGCCUGCUCCUUGCCACCAACCGAACCGUGAAUGUAGGGCCCCCAGCCUCACCUCUGCCCCGGGACCAACAACACCCUGGUUUGGAGCUGGGAGGAAGAGGGGGACCUGAGAGAGCCCCAGGUCCAUUCUACCCCCAGCUUCACUCAGCACUGGAGCUGGCAGAGACGCAAAACCCAGUCUUCCCUUGGGAUUCCGAACCACCCUAGGGCUCCCAACUGACCUCAGGCCUCUGAGUCUCUGAAUGUCACCAGGUGAGGUGGGAGAGGUAAAGUGGGCCAGUGGGGAGGGGGUCACCUAGGGGACUGCCUCUGUGCCUCUCCCCAGGAAGGAUCCAGGGCAGAGGAAGCCACAUCUCCCGGUGCCCCCAACCCCAGCUGCAGCCUCUUCCCCCUGAGCAUUCAUUCUCUCCACCAGGCCUCCAGGUCCUGAGCCCUUCCUCUGUAAAAGUGUCACACCACCUCCCUCAGCACUUCCUGUCAGAACAACCUAUGUCACUGACUCAGAUGCAGGGUCUGCUCACCCCAACACAUGCCUUCCCUCCCCAGCCGCAUCGUGCACGAAGGGGGCACAGGAGAGGAGAGGGGCUGUGCCCCAGGCUCCCCAUUUCCCAGCUCCUCACAGGGGCCUGGUUUGCUCAGUCUUCUCAACUCCAGGGACUAGCCCUGGUGGGCAUGGGGUGGGGAGCAGGAAGUUGCCCUUCCCCUCCCUCGGGAAGCCACCUAAGAAUGUUUACAUGCCAAACAGAAUGUAACACCCCUCCCCAAGCCCUUCCCAGUCACUGCAUGGCCUCUGCCCAUCCUGCACCUGUCCACCCCACCCCAACACCCUGGAAGCCACUGUCAAUGAUUAGAUCGGGUCUCGGAAGGGAAGUAGCCAUCACACCAUUAAAAAGCCUGUGGACCUUU